CCAGCAACAUGGCCAUGGCCGUUGGUGGAUCUCUGUGACUCAAGCUGGCGACGGGCCCAUCUCAGCGGUGGGGUGUUCUUGGCCAAGCUGGAGAGUGGAGAAGAGGAAGACCAUGGGGAGCAAAGAGAGAUUCCACUGGCAGAGUCACAAUGUCAAACAGAGUGGCGUGGACGACAUGGUCCUGCUCUCCAAGAUCAACGAAGAUGCCAUUGUUGAAAAUCUAAAAAAGCGUUUCAUGGAUGAUUAUAUUUUUACCUAUAUCGGCCCGGUCCUAAUCUCUGUCAACCCGUUCAAACAGAUGCCUUACUUCACAGACCGAGAAGUUGAGCUGUACCAAGGAGCGGCGCAGUAUGAAAAUCCACCACACAUCUAUGCGCUGACCGACAACAUGUACCGGAACAUGCUUAUUGAUGGAGAGAACCAAUGUGUUAUCAUCAGUGGUGAAAGCGGUGCUGGGAAAACCGUGGCAGCGAAAUACAUCAUGGGAUACAUUUCCAAAGUGUCAGGAGGUGGGGAAAAAGUACAGCAUGUCAAAGACAUCAUUCUGCAGUCCAAUCCGUUACUCGAAGCCUUUGGCAAUGCCAAGACGGUCAGAAACAACAACUCCAGCCGAUUUGGGAAAUACUUUGAGAUCCAGUUCAGCCGUGGGGGUGAGCCAGACGGGGGGAAGAUCUCCAACUUCCUGCUGGAAAAAUCCCGGGUGGUGAGCCAAAACGAGGGCGAAAGGAACUUCCACAUCUAUUACCAGCUCAUAGAAGGUGCUUCACAAGACCAGAAACACAACCUGGGGGUUAUGACCCCAGACUAUUAUUAUUACCUGAGCCAAUCGGACACGUACAAAGUGGACGGCACGGACGAUCGGAGCGACUUCAGCGAGACCAUGAAUGCCAUGGAUGUGAUUGGCAUCACAGGUCAAGAUAAGCAGCUUGUCCUACAGAUAAUAGCUGGUAUUCUUCAUCUUGGCAACAUUGGCUUCCAGGAACAAGGCAACUAUGCCCAGGUGGAAAGUCCAGAUUUGCUUGCUUUUCCGGCCUACCUCUUGGGUAUCGACAAGGAGCGCCUGAACGAGAAGCUCACCAGUAGAAAAAUGGACAGCAAAUGGGGCGGCCGGUCGGAGUCCAUCAACGUGACGCUCAACGUAGAGCAAGCUUCCUACACCCGCGAUGCCCUUGCCAAGGGUCUAUACUCCCGUGUCUUUGACUUCCUGGUGGAGUCCAUCAAUAGGGCCAUUCGGAAGCCAUAUGAGGAGUACAGUGUUGGAGUUCUGGAUAUUUACGGUUUUGAAAUAUUCCAGAGAAACGGCUUUGAGCAAUUCUGCAUUAACUUCGUGAACGAAAAACUUCAACAAAUCUUCAUUGAGCUCACCCUCAAAGCAGAGCAGGAAGAGUACGUGCAAGAGGGGAUCAAAUGGACUGCGAUAGAAUAUUUCAACAACAAAGUGGUCUGUGAUCUCAUUGAAAACAAACUGAAUCCUCCAGGCAUCAUGAGCGUCUUGGAUGAUGUCUGCGCCACGGUGUACGCAAAGGGCGAGGGGGCGGAUCAGACACUGCUGCAGAAACUCCAGUCGGCGGUGGGCACCCACGAACAUUUCAACGGCUCCAGCUCAGGAUUCGUCAUCCACCACUACGCUGGCAAGGUGUCCUACGAUGUGAGCGGCUUCUGCGAAAGGAAUCGCGACGUGCUCUUCACCGACUUGAUCGAACUGAUGCAGAGCAGUGAAUUUGCCUUCAUCCGGAUGCUUUUCCCAGAAAAACUUGACGCAGACAAAAAAGGACGGCCCACCACAGCUGGGAGCAAAAUCAAGAGACAGGCCAAUGACCUGGUGAACACACUGAUGAAGUGUACGCCCCACUACAUCCGUUGCAUUAAACCCAACGAGACCAAGAGGCCCCGAGACUGGGAGGAGAGUAGGGUAAAGCAUCAAGUGGAAUACCUGGGUUUGAAGGAGAAUAUCAGAGUCCGGAGAGCCGGCUUUGCGUACCGCAGAUUGUUCCAUAAAUUCCUGCAAAGAUAUGCCAUCCUGACCCCUGAAACCUGGCCAAAAUGGCGAGGAGAUGAGCGUCAAGGAGUCCAGCACCUGCUGAGGUCUGUCAACAUGGAUGUGGACCAGUAUCAGAUGGGCCGCACAAAGGUUUUCGUCAAGAACCCCGAGUCGCUUUUCCUUCUCGAGGAGAUGCGGGAACGGAAGUUUGACAGCUAUGCCCGGGUGAUCCAGAAAGCAUGGCGUCGCCACAUCGCCAUCCGGAAGUACGAGCAGAUGCGAGAAGAAGCCUCCCACAUCCUGUACAGCUUCAAGGAAAGGCGACGGAACAGCAUCAACCGAAACUUUGUGGGCGAUUACCUGGGCAUGGAGGACAAGCCGGAGCUGCGACAGUUCUUGGGCAAGAGGGAGAGGAUCGAUUUUGCCGACUCGGUCACCAAAUACGACAGGCGGUUUAAGCCUAUCAAGCGCGACUUCAUCUUGACGCCCAAACACUUCUACCUGAUCGGCCGGGAGAAGGUGAAGAAAGGGCCCGAGAAAGGCCAAAUCCGGGAGGUGCUGAAGAAGAAAGUGGAGGUCCAGGCAGUCAACAGAGUGUCCCUCAGCACAAGACAAGACGACUUCUUCGUCCUCCAUGAAGCCGAUGCGGACACGUUCCUGGAGUCCAUCUUCAAGACAGAACUCAUCAGCCUCUUGUGCAAGCGUUACGAAGAGGCGACCCGGAACAAACUCCUGCUCAUUUUCAAUGACACACUACAAUUCCGUGUGAAAAAGGAAGGCUGGGGCGGAGGCAGCACUCGGGCCGUGACGUUUACAAGUGGCCAAGGCACCGUGGCCAUCCUCAAAGCAGGAGGGAAAACGCUGACCGUUAGCAUCGGGAGCGGACUCCCCAAGAACUCCAAGCCCACCAGGAAAGGGAUCCAACAAGGCAAAGGUUAUCACAGGAAACCACCCCCCUCACGGGCUGCCCCACCGGCUCCAAGAGGGAUGCCUCCGCCUGGCAGCUGCAGGAACGGAGCCGCACAGUUCCCUCGCAACAGGCUGCAAGAUCAGAUGUACAGCACUCCGAGAAGACCCGGGCAAGGGCCACCGGCCGCUGCUCUCCCCAAACAAGGGAUGUCCCGUCGGGCGAAGGCACGGCUACCAUCUGACCAUAACAUGGAAUUCCUGAACGUUCCAGACCAGGGCAUGGCAGGGACGCAGCGGAAAAGAAGCAUCGGACAGAGGCCACCUCCAGCUGUAGGGCGGCCCAAGCCACAGCCGAAGAUAUCUGGACCACGCUGCCGCGCUCUGUACCAGUAUCUCGGGCAGGAUGUGGACGAGCUCAGCUUCAACAUAGGCGAUGUGAUAGAUCUCUUGCUGGAAGAUCCUUCCGGAUGGUGGAAAGGCCGACUUCAUGGGCGAGAAGGCCUUUUUCCCGGCAAUUACGUGCAGAAAAUCUGAGAGAAGCCAUGCUUAGCGGUCCUAAAGCAGGAAGACAGCGUUGGGGAGAGCCUACGAGCCUCAAAACAGAGCACGCUUGUGCCCAGCACGAGGGGAGCUUCAUUUGCAAGGUCGCCGGCGAGGACUCAGUCUCAAGAUAUUUUCAAGGCAGAAAAAACUUUUGGAUGAAAGCCUUGCUUCAUGAGAUUGCGGGGAGGGGGGAGGAUGAAUGUAA